CUCCUGCAAAGCUUCCAAAACCACUUCCUGUUCCAGACUCCAAGCCUAAAAAGAAGAGAGGGUGUCUCCGCCUUUGAAAAAUGAAAGAAAGCAUGGUAUCUUGUCAUGACCUCGGGAACUUGGUUCUGCAGAUAUGUGGUAAACGAUAUGAUGAAGCUUGCAAACUGAAUGCAAUUCGGUAUACCAGAGGAGAGCCCAUUAGGUGAUGGUUUGGGGGAAGGUUAUGGCAUGCUUGGGCAGGCCGGGAAUGGGAGGCUACGUGUCUCAGCUGCGCAGAACAAACUUGCUGCUAAAGUGGCAAAAAAAUUCAAGGAGAAGAGUUAUGGUAGCAGUGGUGCAACAUCUGGACUGACAUCUAGUUUGGCCUUUACACCAGUUCAGGGAAUAGAGCUGUCAAACCCACAGGCACAUGGGAACCUUCUUGGAAGUGGAACCCAGAACACCUACUUCUCGGAGAACGGAACAUUUUCUCGGAUGAGUAGGCCUGGAGGCUAGAAUCUGAAAAUGGAAGGACCUGAUUCUCAGUUUUACCACGUGAUUUGUAAAAUAAGUACAGUUUCCGCGCAAAAUAUAUACAUGUAAAUACAGUUCAUGCACUACAACAUCACAAUGUAUGAAGUCAUGCAGUACACAACAUUACAGUUCACGCACUACAACAACACAAUGUAUGAAGUCAUGCAGUACACAACAUUACCUAUGCUUCGUGGAUGAUUUUUCCAGAAAACCCGCUGGAAUUACCUUA